AUGCCACGUAAGCUACGUAAGAAUAUACGUAAGAGGAAGGGAGCAUUGAAACAUCCAAUAGUAAAACUGACACCACAACAACAGUUGCAACAACAAAUGCUGAAUGACCCCACUAUGUUGCAACAAAUGUCAAGCAACCCUAUGCUUUUAAACCGAGUUAUUGGUGCACAGAGUGGAGGUUUAAGAGCGGCACUUUUAGCGAAAAUGGCAGGCUAUGGUGGAGCUGCAGACGGAACAGCUUAUAACCCUCAAAGUCAAAUGAAUUUGAGUUCACUCAAAAAUCAAAUAACAGAUGUCAAAAAGUCAAACAUAGACAUACAGAAACAAAUAAGUGAAAACGAAAAGAAACUAGAAUAUGACAGACACACAAAGAAACUCAAUGAGUUAAACGUAGAGAAAAAGAAGAAAGAAGAACAACUGAAAGAACUAAGUACAGAGGAAUAUGCGAAAAAAGUGUCAGAAAAAGCAGCAGAAGUAGCAAAAAUGGAACAAGAUGUUAUAAAUUUGAAAAACCAUACUACUCAAUAUAAAGUACUGAAAGAUGAAGAAAUAAAACAAAAAGCCCUGAAGACAUAUAUGGAUAGCGAUGAGUAUAAAAAAGAAGUUGAAGCAAAUGUAAAGGCAGAAAAACUUUUACAGUUGCAAAACCAAACCGUACAGUAUGAAAACUUAGCACAAGAAAGUAAAAAUAACGACGCAGCCAUGCAAAAGGCAAUGAAAAGCGCAGAAUAUAUAAAAGCUAAUAAUGACUGGUUAGACGCCCAAGCCAACGCUAAAGCAGCCCAACUUAUAGGGUCAAUAAGGACAAAAAUACAAGCGGAUGAAGACAGUUCAAAUGAAGCUUUAACGAAUGCUGACUUUAAGAACGCCUUCGAAGCUCUUCAUAGUAAGGUGAAACUAGUGAACGACUUCUCAUCUGGAAAGAAACUGAAGUCUGAAGGUUUCGACAAAGAGUUAAAAGAAGUAGCACAAAAUAUGACGAAAAUAACAGAUG